AUGGGUAUCUUCAGCAAGAAAAACAAGGAUGGAGAGGACGGCCACAAGAGAUCAAACUCCAAGGGUAACGAUUUGAAGAUCACGGACGAAGAUGAGAGACGUAUGAAGACCCGUUCUCAGAACCUCCACGACCCAAUUCUUGAUGCUGUUAACGAGGCCCAGCCUUUCGAGGAGGCAAACAUGCACAACAGAUCUUCCUCGAUCGGUAACGGUGUUCUGAACGACAUCUUCGGCAACAAGAUUGUGAAUCCAGACAUCUCCAACCCUACGAGAUCGAGAGACGAAAGACCUAUGGACACCAUCCGCAGUUUUGAGUACUCAAUAACAGGUGACCCUAUCUACCACGAGCAGCUGGAAACCCACAUUCUCGGCUGGAGAGUCAGAGAUGACUUCCCUCUGGGUAACGGCUACGCUGCCAACAACCAAGUGCAAUAUGACGAGUACGGCCAGCCGGUCUACACAAACACCAGAGCCAACCAACCUAUUGUUGAGCAAGGUGUCUACAGCGCUCCUGCUCCAAAGAUUGAGGAGCAGAAGAAGAAGAAGUUUUUCUCCUUCGGUAAGAAGAAGAAGGAAGCAGCAGCAUGA